AGGUAACCUAUUUAAUUUGUCGUGAACCACACUAUUCAUUAUUGUUGCAGGUACAUUUCACUGCUACCGUGUUUUCUUCGCUUCAACACCGUAAACCAAAUUAUUAACUCAAAUCAGAAAUGGCUGAAAACAAAGCAGAUGCCCCUGAACUCCCAAUUAUGCUUUAUGUUAGGGAUGUAGAUGAUUUUUAUCAUUUCCGCUUCAAGAUCAAGAAAGAUACUCCUUUAAAAAGGCUGAUGAUAAGUUACUGCGAGAGAACUGGCUCAGAUAUGGAGAAAAUAUGUUUCCAGUUUGAAGGUAACCAAAUUCGGGAUGUAGAUACUGCAUCCUCAAUGGGGAUGGUAAAUGAUGAUACCAUUGAUGUCACCAAUGUAUUAAAUGGUUGAAAACUGUAAC